GAGAGUAAAUUAAAGAACUUGGUUGGUGGGUCAAUUUAAUACUAAGUAUAAAUCUGGGUUGAGGCAAAAUAUUAUAUAUAGUUUUUUUUUAGGUACAGAAAAUAUUAUAUAUAGUUACUCAACUAGCUACUCAUAUAAUAAAAGGUCAGCAUAUUGAGGACAGGUCAAGAGUAAGACAAGUUACUCAACUCAAAGAGGAGCUGUGCUUCGAAGCCCAACAUCUUCUUCUUCUUCUCUCCUAUAGGCAGCUGCAGGAAUGGCUUCAGAUUCUCAAGUUUAUCAUUUCGAUGAGGUGGCCAAGCACAACCACAAGAAAGAUUGCUGGAUCAUAAUCUCUGGAAAGGUUUAUGAUGUCACCCCUUUUUUGGAGGAUCACCCUGGGGGCGAUGAAGUGUUGCUAUUAGCAGUCGAGAAAGAUGCAACAGAUGAUUUUAAUGAUGUGGGCCACAGUGAUUCUGCGAAGGAGCAGAUGGAAAAUUUUUAUGUAGGCAAGGUUGACACAUCCACCAUACCAGAACAGCCAAAUUACAAGCUUCCUGCUCAAACAACUCCUCCAUCUGGGCAAUCUUCUGGAUUUGUGGUAAAGCUUUUACAGUUUCUGCUGCCCUUGUUGAUCUUGGGGGCUGCAUUUGCUCUGCAAUACUACGGGAAGAAGAAGUAGUUCAAUCAUCCAUCCGUAUGGAACUUUAAACUGAGACGUAGACAUUCUAUCACUCAAGUGGUAAUAAUGGAAUUUAAGUUAUUACUUUUCUUUUUUGAAUAUGUUGUACUGCCCUUUUUACAUAUCUGUAUUUCUUGUGUGUGCUUGGAAUUUAUCGACUUGCCAAAGCAUUGCUUCAUCCUAUUGCGGUGACCUUUGUAAAAGCAUUUACCUCUUCACCUUUAAUUUAGUUGUUUCCUAUACUUUGAUUAAACAAAUAGAUCUUAGGUGUGGUCAUUUGGGUUAAUGGAAUAAUUUGCCUCA